AUGUCCGAAAUUUCUCCUCAGAUCUCAGACAAGUCGAAGGCAUCUACUGGUAAACGAAAAUAUCAUCAAAAGUCACGUAAUGGAUGCCUGACGUGUAAAAAGAGAAGAGUCAAAUGUGACGAACAUCACCCUGUGUGCAACAAGUGCAGCAACUUGAAGUUGACGUGUGGGUACAUGAAUGAUCCUCCCGAGACGUACGAUCUCCCACACCAGGCCGGUACCAAAAGACCCAGAUCAUCCGAUACGUCACUUCCCCUCGAGGGCGACAGUUCGCUGGUGCUGGUGUCACCGGCUCUGGUGCCAUCGCGCGCGCUGCUGGUGCUGGUUCACGACAAGGCACCGCCAUCGCUACCGCUGGCGGUACCACAAUCGGUGCCACAGACUAUCCAAACGCUUCUCAACGCUGGGAACUUGAACAACAUUAAUUUGAGCCACCUCGUACACAGUCUCACGGAGUUGGGAGGUGAUCUCUCAUCACUCGGCAAUUUGGCAUCGCUCACCAACCUCGCCACCCUUGCCCAACUCCCGAUCGAUAUCAGCAAUUUGGGCACCCUCAUCGACCUGCAACUCAGCGCCGGUGGACCUAGCGUCGCCGCCAGCGCGCACCCAGGCGACCACAUGACCCCCGCGAAGGCCACCAACGGCGCGGGAGGCCCCACCAUCUCGCCCAAUGUUUCGCAGCCAUUCGCGGACCCCACCGCCCCCAUGGGCCCCGAGUCCCUCAACAUGCUAGACCUCCGGCUAAUGUUCCACUACACAUCCCAGGUAGCCAGCACCAUCACCGGCGCCGGCAUCUCCGACACAAACAUCUGGAACUAUGAUAUCCCCAUGCUUGCGUUUGAACACCCGUUCCUUAUGCACUCAAUUCUCGCCUUCAGUGCCACCCAUCUCUCCCGAACUGAAAAGGGCCUCGACCAGUGUGUCACCUACCACCGUGGCGAUGCGCUCCGGCUCCUUCGUGAGGCGGUGCUAGAUAUCAACGCCGACAACACCGACGCGCUUGUGGCCAGUGCGUUGAUUCUCAUCAUGGACUCGCUCGCCAAUGCGUCGUUCCCCAGCUCCACCUCGCCCAAAUCGCUCCCAGCGUCUGCCUGGAUCUUCCACGUCAAAGGUGCCGCGACUAUUCUCACGGCCGUGUGGCCAUUGACGGAAGCAUCGCGGUUCUACAAGUUUAUUUCAGUGGACUUGGGCGACUUGGGCGAUAUCAUUAACCAGCGUGUCCAUUUGAACAAGGACUCGCUCAGCAGCGAGCAGGCCAGUAAGUUCCUCACGGACCUCGAGUGCCACGACUCCGAUAUUGCUGAUCUAUUCCCGGUGUCCAUUGAUUCGCCCUAUUUGGUCACUUUAGCAUACUUGAACAAGCUUCACAAAGAACGGUACAAAUCCGAUUUCAUCUUGCGGAUUUUUGCGUUCCCGGCAUUGUUGGACAAGCAGUUUCUUCUGUUGUUGAUGAGUGGAGAUAUCAAGGCCAUGAGAAUCAUGCGGUCCUACUAUAAGCUUCUCAGGGCCUUCACCACCGAGAUGAAGGAUAAGGUGUGGUUUUUGGAGGGUGUACUGAACAUCUUGCCGGUGGACGUGGAGGAGUAUGCCAAUGGUGCGGGUGGAAUGCACAUGAUGUUGGACUUUCUUGGAGGAGGUCCUUCGAUUGUGGAUAACGAGUUGGACGCGGAGAUGGCUACGUUUGAGGCCGGCAAUUCGUUGAAGUUGGUCGAUACCAACAACUUACCGAGCGAUAUCACGAGUGAUUUGGAGAUCAUGCAGACGGCCGACACUUUUAUGAACAUGAAGUAGAGAUGUGAGAGUAGUACAGAGAUAUUGAGAAUAGAUGAAUUAUGAGUAGA